AGACGGGUUCUCCGCCGUUGAGGCAGUUCCUCGAGGAUGGACAUGGCCGCUAAAGCUCGAUCAGGGAAGCAAGCGAAGAGCAUGGGGGCAUGAACGAGGAAGCACAACGAUCGGUCCUUCUACCCUUGUCGCUGAAUGCUGACAGAACAAGAACUGGCGUCUGUGUAACACAUCACCACCGUGCAGAGAGUACGCCCCAAAACUGGGAUUGUGGCUUAGUUUUUCUCAGAAUGGGCCAUGAUUGAAAGUGCUUGAUGUAUUCGAAUGGGAAUAAAAGUGAGAGACAAAGUAUUUUGAGUGACCACAUCUAAUCAACACUGUCCAGAAGGACAUAAAUUGACAAGAUGCCGAUGUACCAGACCAAGACAAUCGCCAGUAUCCUCGAGCCGGUGGCCCAACAAGUGUCCAAGCUCAUCAUCCUUCAUGAAGAGGGUGAGGAUGGAAAUGCAAUGCCGGACCUAGAAAGACCGGUCAAUGCCGUGAGCAAUGCCGUGGCUAACUUGACCAAGGUGGGAAGGAUACCAUCAACUCUUCUCAGGAUACCAGAAUGAAAGCAGAGAUGCCCAAGGCUCUGAUAACUAUUGAAAAAGCGGCAGAUCUUUUGGAGAUGGCCUGUCGAGAUAUGAAGCAAGAUCCAUACUCACAAGCAGGGCGGGAUCGGCUCAUUUCUGGGUCAAGAGCUAUUCUUCAGGGAACAACUUCCAUGUUGGUUGUCUUUGACGAAUCUCAGGUCAGAAAAAUAUGUCGUGAUUGCAAAAAAGUUUUGGACUAUCUGGCAGUGGCCGAAGUUAUCGAGACCAUGGAGGACCUUGUUCAAUUCGUCAAGGAUUUAAGCCCGUGCUUGUCUAAAGUGUGCCAGGAUGUGGAUACUAGGAGGAAUGAUUUGCUCAAUCCAUAUCAACGAGAUAGUUUGGGACAACAUCUGGACCAAGUCAAGACAUUGGCUCCCAUUCUGAUAUGUUCCAUGAAGAUAUUUAUCCAAAUCCUUGGAAACGAAGGACGUGGAACGGACGAAGCGAUAGAGAAUAGGAAUUACUUGUCCAAAAGAAUGACCGACGAAAUCGGGGAGAUCGUCAUGAUUCUAGAAGAAUCAGCCAGAACUGAUAACGGCACGAAAAUGACGAAUGGCGUGUCAAGUAUUAACACCAAUGACUUGACUUUCCACGAGGUGAUGAAAAAGCUCUCAGCCUCAUUGGCGAGUAAGAGCUCCAAAGACGCCCAAUUGAACCAACAACUGAUUCAGCACAUUGUGGACCUAGGAUUCAAGAUUAGUGAUGGGUUUGACAGCCAAGAGAAGAGGAGAAUACUCCAAAUCUGCAAUGACCUGGAUCAAGCCAAUCGACAACACAACAACAAUGAUCCCAGAGCCCGGCAACAGAUCGCGGAUCUCGUCCGCCAACUUCAGCUAACUGUGAACGAGGCCGUUAUUGGCAGGAUCAUCCAUGAUAUGGCGGACAUAACAACUCCUUUGAAACAUUUCACGGACGCCGUUCUAUCCUCCGAGACCCUGGCUAUGAAACGAAUGACGGUAGAUGAGAAGAGUCAAACUCUCAAAGUGUUCUCCAACCGAUUAGCAAAGACUGCCAAUUUGGUUGGCUUCGCUAAUGCCCGAGACAAAAGACGAUCCACUUCAUUGCAACAGCUGAGUACGCAGAUCCAAACAUUAACCCCUCAAUUGAUCAAUGCUGGCACCAUCCGGAUGAACUAUCCCGAGAAUCGAGCAGCUGAGGAGAACUUUGAGAACUUGAAGAAGCAAUAUAACGAAGGCAUUCACUUAAUCCGCGACCUAUGUGAAGAGUCUGUGGACACUAAGAUUUUCCUUCAACAGACCAAAGCUCAGAUUCAAAAUGCCAUUCAAACCUGUGAGGGCGGGCUUAAAAACAGAAAUGUUCAAACUGUUAUCGAGAACUCAGCUCUUGCUGCCCGGCUAGCAAACCGCCUCUUAAUGGUUCUAAACAAGGAAGCUGACAACUCUGAGGAUCCAAACCUUCGCAAACAGGUUGAAACGGCUGGAGAAAGACUGAAAUCAGCCAUAACUCCAUUUGUGACAAAUAGUAAAGCAUUAGCAACCAAUUUGAACGACGGUAGCACCAUAAAAACGUGGCGGCAUGGAUCUCAACGUCUCGUGGACAUGGUGAAUGAGGUAGCCAGGUUAUUUGAUGAACUCAACAUGUAUGGUUUUGAUGCUCCUCGACAACAACCCCAAGUGGUUCAACCAGUACAAGGAUUUCAAGAGAUUCCAAUUGAGAUCACCCCUCCCCAACCAAAUCACUUUUCUGCGAGCCCACCAAUCCAGAACCUGAUCCCAGCGCCCCCAAGACCGCCUCUGCCAAGUGAAACUCGAGUGCCCCAAAGACCGCCUGUUCCCAAUGGUCAUGAUACUGACGACGAGGACGGACUGUUCUCGACGAUGCCAAGUGGAAACCGUCCAAUUCAUCACGCAGCCCAUGGUCUUUACCAAGAAGUGAGACAAUGGGACCACACGGACAAUGAGAUCAUCGCAGCAGCCAAGAAAAUUGCCUUCCUCAUGGCUCAUUUGUCCGAACUCGUACAGCCUGGACGAGGCACCAAAAGAGAACUCUUGGCUUGUGCCCGAGGAGUGGCCGAGGUCUCCGAGAGGAUAACGGAAUUGGCCAAGGAAUAUGGGAAACACUGCACAGACAAAAAGAUUCGUACCAACUUACUCCAGGUUUGCGAAAAGAUCCCUACCCUCGGCACUCAAUUGAGAGUCUUGACCACGGUAAAGGCCACUAUGUUAUCUGACAACGUCGAAACACCGGAAGACCAGGAGGCCAUGGACAUGUUGGUGUUCAAUGCGGAGAAGUUAAAUCAAGCUGUCAGGGAGACAGUGGGAGCAGCUGAGUCCGCAUCGAUUCGAGUGCGUAGCGAUGCUGGGUUCAAAUUGAAAUGGGUUCGAAAGUCUGUGCCGUGGAUCAAUAACGAAGACGACUGAUAAUAUGUCCUUUGAAUGUGCCAAGACCAACGUCUCUAUAACACUAAUUUUUACUGACAUGUGACUGAGAGUUUAACUCUAACAGUUGAUGUGGUCACUUGCUUUCAAAAUGUUAGCUUCCUUUUCCUCAAACUAAUUCGAUAAUAUUCCCCAUCCCACCCGUCAAGUAACAUCAAAAGUAUUGCCAUCAGUGAUGAAACAGUGACAAAUAAAAAACAACAACAAGAA